AAUACUAUAGAAAAUAUGAAACUAUAGUGCAGUCUAAAACCAAAAUCCUAACUCCGAUUCCAAAUAUUUCCAUAUGGUCUCCUCCGCCGCUGCCGCCGCCGCCGCCGUUGUAGUGAUAUUGCUGGCCACCGUAGUUGCACAAGGCAAAAAGGUGAAAACGUUCAAAACAAGCUACGAUAAAUUCGACCCGGUUAGAGACUAUGACACCUUGAUUCAACAAGGCGAUGCAUCAAUCCACCUUGAUGCUCUUCAGGUCACCAAGGAUUCCGCUAAUACCGCUGUCGUCAACAUCUCCAAUCUCUCCGGUCGCAUCCUCCUCAACAAGCGCUUUCGCCUCUGGGAAGAUCGAGCUCGCCAGCCCUCCUUCAGCACCUCCUUCCUUGUCAACAUUUUUCCCAAAGAUCCUGGAACUGAAGGUGGAGGUCUGGCCUUCGUCAUCGUCCCCGACCACCCUGCCGGCCUGCCGGCACGAAGCACCGGCGGCUAUCUCGGAUUCACCAACGCCUCCACUGACAGUAACUCCACCGCUAAUCAAUUAGUCGCCGUCGAGCUCGACACCUCCAAGCAAGGCUUCGAUCCAGACAGCAACCACAUCGGUUUGAAUCUCCACAGCGUCAGAUCUGUGGUGGCGAAGCCUCUGACGCCGCACCACAUCACGCUAGCCUCAUUCACCCCCCGAUUCUACAACGUCUGGGUUGAAUACGACGGCCGUCGCAUCCAGGUCUACAUUGCGGAGCAGCAUGGGCAGAACGCCUCCACCCCGCUGAAGCCACGGGACGCGAUAAUCGAGCGCGAUCUGAAUCUGACGGAGCACGUGAGCCAGUACUCGUAUUUCGGGUUCGCGGCGUCGACGGGGGACAUGACGCAGCUCAACUGUAUUCGGAGGUGGAAUCUGACUGUGCAGCACUUUGAGAAGGAUCCGAACUGGCUGGUGAUCGGGCUGGGGACGGGGAUUGGGGCGGCGGUGGUGUUGGCGCUGGGCGCAGUGGGGUUGGUCUACUACUGCCGGAAGCGGCGGGCGAUUUCAAAUCCGAAUCUGGUGGGGGCGCUGCGGAGCCUUCCCGGGACGCCGCAGGAGUUUGAGUUCAAGGACUUGAAGAAGGCCACCAACAGCUUCGACGAGAGGAACAAGCUCGGCCAGGGCGGCUACGGCGAGGUUUUCCGGGGGAAUCUGGCCAAGGAGAAUCUCGACAUCGCCGUCAAGAGAUUCUCCAGGGAAAGCCUUCAAGGCCAGGACGAUUUCCUGGCCGAGCUCACCAUCAUCAACCGUCUCCGCCACCGCCAUCUUGUCAAGUUACUCGGGUGGUGCCACAAGUAUGGGAAGCUAUUGCUGGUGUAUGAGUACAUGCCCAACGGCAGCCUAGACAAGCACCUGUUCGUGGGGCCGGACGUGCAGCCGCUGGGGUGGCACGUUCGCUACAAGAUCGUAUCAGGCGUGGCCUCUGCCUUGCAGUACCUUCACAACGAGUACGAACAGAGGGUGGUGCACCGCGACCUCAAGGCCAGCAACAUCAUGCUCGACUCCAACUUCAAUGCCCGUCUCGGUGAUUUUGGCCUGGCCAGGGCGCUAGACAACGAGAAGACGUCCUACGCCGAGGCAGAGGGGGUGCUGGGCACCAUGGGGUACAUCGCGCCCGAGUGCUUCCACAUGGGCAAGGCCACGCAGCAGUCGGACGUCUACGCGUUUGGCGCUGUGGUGCUGGAGCUCGUGUGCGGGAGGCGGCCCGGGGCCAAGAUCGGCGGGUUCCAGCUGCUGGUCGAUUGGGUGUGGUAUCUGCAUCGCGACGGGCGGCUGCUGGAGGCCGUGGACCCGAGGCUGGGGGAAGACUUUGUGGGGCCCGAGGCGGAGAGGCUGCUGCUGCUGGGGCUGGCGUGCUCGCACCCUAUCGCAGCCGAGAGGCCUAAGACGCAGGCGAUAGUGCAGAUCAUAUCGGGGACGGUGGCUGCCCCCGUGGUCCCACCGUUUAAGCCAGCAUUCGUGUGGCCUGCAGCGGCGGGGCCCAUGGGUUUGGACACGGGCUCCGCCACCGAGACCACUUCACAUUUGGGGUCCGAGUGGAGUGGGCAGUACCUUAGCAGGGAGAGCUACACUGGCUACACUGACUCCUCCUUGGUCUAGUGCAUUGGAUGAGCGAUCUCUUUCUAUCUCUUGUUUGUUUAGCAUACAAAUUUGUUAGUUUAAUUUGUUGUUGGAUGGGAAAUCCCAAGAUUUUCUAUCCAGAUAGCAGCAGUCAAAGUGCAGUCCAUGUUGUCAUGUAACACGUAUAUUUUUGACGAAUGUGUAUGAUAAAAUACCACAUGUGCAUAGUUAAA